AAUUUCAUGCUGUCAAAAAUUAUACAAAAUAAACUGUCAUUUCUUGAAAAAUAUAACCGAAGAAAAAUCUUCAAUCAUCUGUUAAUUUACAGUUUGUAGUGGCUUCUUUUGAUUUUAUUCGAAUAAAAUGACGAUUCAGGCAUCGAUGGGUGAUGGAAAUAAAGGGCGAGGCGUCGUAUACAAGGACAAAAGUAAGCCAAGUGAUGUCCGUCUCAGCAACAUAAAUGCGGCAAAAGCUGUCUGCGAUGCCAUUCGCACGAGUUUGGGGCCAAGAGGCAUGGACAAAAUGAUUCAGGCGAGUAACGGUGAAGUCACCAUCACCAACGAUGGGGCCACGAUUUUGAAACAAAUGAACGUCAUACAUCCGGCUGCUAAAAUGUUGGUUGAGUUGUCACGUGCUCAGGAUGUUGAAGCCGGCGAUGGUACCACAACUGUUGUUGUAAUAGCGGGGGCUUUACUCGAUACUGCUGAAAAAUUAUUAGCCCGAGGGAUUCACCCAACUGCAAUUUCUGAAUCGUUUCAACGAGCUGCCAAAUACGCCGUUGAAAUUUUAACAAGUAUUUCAAAGCCAAUUUCGUUGGAUAAUCGCGAACAAAUGGUUAAGAGUGCGUCAACUUCAUUGAAUUCGAAGGUUGUUUCACAACAAUCAAGUCUAUUGGCCCCUUUAGCCGUAGAUGCGGUUUUAAAAGUAGUGGAACCAGGUCAUGAACAAGUCGUUUCUUUAUCAGAUAUCAAGGUAAUUAAACAAAUUGGUGGCACGGUUGAAGAUACCGAAUUGAUAGAUGGUCUUGUUUUUCCUCAAAAAGUUGCAAAUGUCAAUGGUCCUAAACGUAUCGAGAAAGCCAAAAUUGGUUUUAUUCAAUUUUGUAUUUCUGCACCAAAAACAGACAUGGAUCAUAAUGUCAUUGUUUCGGAUUAUGCUGCCAUGGAUAGAGUCCUUAAGGAAGAAAGAACUUAUAUUUUGAAUAUUGUGAAACAGAUCAAGAAGGCUGGAUGUAAUGUCCUUUUGAUUCAAAAGUCGAUUCUUCGUGAUGCCGUUUCCGAUCUUGCUCUUCAUUUCCUCGACAAAAUCAAAUGCAUGGUCAUCAAAGAUAUUGAACGUGAAGAUGUCGAAUUUGUGUGUAAAUCUCUUGGUUGUCGUCCCAUUGCCUCCCUUGAUCAUUUUAUCGCUGAAAAUCUCGUUUCGGCCGAAUUGGUUGAAGAGAUCGGCGUCGGUGGUAGUCGCAUGGUGAAAAUUACCGGUGCUCAAAAUGCCGGUAAAACAGUUACCCUUUUGGUUCGUGGCUCGAAUAAAUUGGUACUUGAAGAGGCAGAAAGAUCAUUGCAUGAUGCAUUGUGCGUUAUACGUUGUUUGGUACGAAAAGGAGCUAUUGUAGCAGGCGGUGGUGCACCCGAGAUUGAAUUGGCAUUGAAAUUGGCGGCUUUGGCCGAUACGAAAGACGGCAUUGAUGCUAUUUGUUUAAGAGCGUUUGCAAAUGCUUUGGAGAUUAUUCCGUUUACGUUGGCGGAAAAUGCAGGAUUGAAUCCGAUUCAAACGGUGACUGAAUUGAGGAAUCGACAUGCUAAAGGGGAAAUUUCGGCGGGGAUUAAUGUGAGAAAGGGGGCGAUUUCGGAUAUUUUGGAGGAGAAUGUGGUGCAGCCGUUGUUGGUCAGCGUCAGUGCGAUUACGUUUGCUACCGAAACGGUUAGGUCAAUUUUGAAAAUUGAUGAUAUUGUGAACACGAUGACAUAGAUCUUUUCUAACUUUUUAGUGUUUAUUAACAUGUCACAAGCUAUUAAUAUGUAGUAUUAUAAUAAUAAUUCUCACUUCGCUUAA